AUGGAUCAGGCCCAGAUCCCCUCGGCAGAGACUAAACCCCACGGGCUCAGGCCCCACAUCUGCUGUGCGCCCCCUCCCCGCGCCCCCACCUCGCUGGGCAGUCCCACCCUGGUGGUCAGAGCCAAGCCCCGACGGGGCAGCCCCCAGCCGGGCCAGCCCGCGGACAGGGGGCAGCGGCGGGCGCGCACCGCCUUCAGCGCGGAGCAGGUGUGCCGCCUGGAGAAAACCUUCCAGCGCCACAAGUACCUGGGCGCCACCGAGCGCAGGAAGCUGGCGGCUGCCUUGCAGCUCUCGGAGAUCCAGAUUAAGACCUGGUUUCAGAACCGGAGGAUGAAACUGAAGAGACAGAUCCAGGACCAUCAGCACAGCCUCGUGUCCUCUGUUCCAGUUCACAGCUACGCCCCGGGGACCUCCCCAGCUCUGUUUCAGAAUGGUCUCCCCUACCCCUUUGCUGCCCAGCACCAGAGACUCCUGCCUUUUAGCCCGAUGCCUGCUGUGCAGUUCAGCUUCUCCUUUCCCAGAUAUGAUGCAUCGCAAAGCACCUACCACUUUAUGGCAAAUGAACUGCCCUAUUACCAUCAACACCUCCUUCCUCAUCCUUCUUUCCACCCAGUUAUUCAGAACAAAAUGGACAGGCAAUGCCACCCUUUAUAUGCAUUAUAG